UGCAGAGACGCGUGCCUUUAUACCUACAUGCCUUACUUAUCUCUUUUUUCACUGAUUGUAAAUUCAGAUUUAAAACUAGAACACAAGCCCGGCUCUUCUAUCUACAAAUGAAUCUGCUCCAAAUUUCACGGGUUCUGUGCCGAUUGAAGUUCCUAAGGCUGCAUCCUAGAUAAGACCUCAUUUACUCCAAGAUAAACUUUCUCCGAGUAAAACUAAACAAUUAGUGAUUGAGGUCAUGAGCCGAGCUUUAUAAUACACUGGUCAGUGCUGAGCCUAGUCAUGGCGUCCCGAGGGUUAGACCACUGGUCAGACAUUGUUGUGGUGGUGAUUUAUUUUGUGGGAGUUCUUGGAGUAGGACUAUGGACCGUUUUCCGAGGGAACAGGGGGAGUGUCAACAGUUACUUUUUGGCGGGAAGAAGUUUGACAUGGUUUCCUGUGGGGGCUUCCUUAUUCUCCAGCAACAUCGGCAGCGAGCACUUUGUUGGUUUGGCGGGAACAGGUGCAGCAGCAGGAAUCGCCAUGAUAUCGUAUGAAUGGGCGAGUAUGCCCCUGGUGUUACUAUUAGCCUGGCUCUUCCUUCCGGUCUACAUCUCAGCAGGAGUAUACACUUUGCCGGAAUAUAUGGAAAAGAGAUUCGGGGGGCACAGGAUCCGGAUUUACCUCAGCGUUCUGGCUCUUAUACUCUAUAUCGUCACCAAACUGGCGGUGAGUAUAUUUGCUGGCGCUCUGUUUAUACAGCUGGCGCUGGGUUGGAAUAUGUACGUCUCUAUCGUGGCACUACUGGUCACCACGGGUAUAUACACCAUACUGGGUGGACUGAAAGCAGUAAUCUACACGGAUACUCUACAAACAGUCGUCAUGACGCUGGGCUCAUUUGCUUUGGUUGGAAUCAGUUUUAAUAAGAUUGGUGGAUAUAACAAUCUACAACAGAGAUACAUGGAAGCCAUACCAUCCAUCAGGAACCCAAACAGCACCUGCGGGUUUCCCAGGAGCGAUGCUUUUCACAUCUUUCGAGACGCAGAAACGGGAGAUAACCCUUGGCCAGGACUUAUUUUACAAUCUAGCCUGGGCUGCCUCUGGUACUGGUGUUGUGAUCAGGUGAUUGUUCAGCGGUCUUUAGGUGCCAGGAAUCUGUCCCAUGCUAAGGGUGCCUCUAUAUUGGCUGGCUAUCUCAAACUACUACCGCUGUUUAUGAUGAUCUUUCCGGGGAUGAUUAGCAGAGCCUUAUUUCCAGAUGAAGUGGCCUGCGUUGAUCCUGAAGAAUGCAAAAAAUUCUGUGACAAUCCUGUAGGUUGCUCCAACAUCGCCUACCCUAAACUGGUUCUAGAGCUACUUCCCUAUGGCGUCCGUGGUCUGUUAAUGGCGGUGAUGCUUUCAGCUAUCAUGAGUUCUCUGACCUCAAUCUUCAACAGCUCUAGUACAAUCUUUACAAUGGACCUCUGGAGACGCAUGCGCCCACAUGCCCAUGAACGAGAACUACUCAUUGUUGGAAGAAUUUUCAUCGUGUUUCUUUGUGGUGUGAGUAUUCUCUGGAUCCCUCUCGUUCGAUCUUCUCAAGGGGGACAACUCUUUAACUACAUCCAGGCCGUGCAGGGUUACCUGGGAACGCCGAUAGGGGCGCUCUUCUUUAUUGGUGUUAUGUGGAAAAGGAUGACGGAGCACGGUGCUUUUUGGGGAAUAGCCAUUGGCCAUACCUGCGGUAUCAUAAGGAUGGGUAUAGAUUUAGCGUAUCCCGCGCCCGACUGCGGAGAACCAGAGACCCGACCAGGAAUAUUACUGAACGUUCACUACACCUACUUCGGAGCACUGAUGAUCGUCAUAACUUCAACCGCCAUUAUCAUCAUAAGCCUUCUGACAACACCCCGCACUGAAGAGCAAUUGAAAGGUGUCACUUGGUUUACAAGAAUACGAGUAGAAGAAUCCAGUACAAAUGAUGUGGAAAUGUCGAAAUCUGAAGAUAAAAAGGAAUCUGAAGUUACUGAAAACGUGAACAAAAACGAGGAAAAUCAGACAGAUGAUGCAAUAGAUGUCAUACACGAUGAAAGCGAUCAUCGACCGCUGUGGAGACGAUGGGUGGACCAGAUCUGUGGAAUGCCCACCAAACGUCACAGCGGGGACGAUCCUCACAUUGGACCGGAAAUGACGCGCAAGUAUCUGAAAGAAUCUCCAAAAUGGCGGACCAUCCUUAACGUGAACGCUGCCGCAGGUCUUAUUCUAACUGCGUUUUUGUACGGGUUUUAUCAUUGAGUGGUUUUACAUUGUGAUGUGUAGAAACCAAGCACGUGUCAGCAUGCCAUCUUCACGUGCAUCUAACAUAACCUGUAAUUUGUGCAAUACUGGGAUUUCCUAUAUUGAAGAUUUGGAAUGGUAAAAGAAAUGUUUUCAUGAUCGUUGAUAUUUUGUGCAGGUCUUGGUUAUUCUGAAGGUUUUUGUGUGCGUAUACUUGUUCAUGGCCGCUUCAAAUUUAUUAUAACAUAUUUGAAAUAGCCAUUGCUGUUACUUUGUUGUUUCUGGAGAUUAAUAAAUACAUGUAGAAUAAAUAAACAUUUUAAACAACA